AUGAUGACAGAAAAGUCUUCGUCUUCGUCAUUUAAGGAAGAAAAGCGUAAAAAAAAUGAGAAACAAAACGUUGAAUUCUUUCCAUCAGCAACAAAUGUACUUCUAUUGCUAGCAUAUGGUAUGAAGGAUGCUAUACGCACUAAGUGUCGUCAAAUGCUUUGUAAUGCGAUUAAGUUUGACGACGGUAUACCCAAAGGCUGUACAGAUUUUGAAAAAUUGGCUGCAGAAUUGGAGGACGCUAUUUAUAAUGUAUUUAGAAAUAUCGAUAAAAAAUAUAUACGUCGAAUACGAUCAAGGGUGUUUAAUUUAAAAGAUCCUAAAAAUCCUUCAUUACGGCUGAAUUAUAUAAGGGGUGUGGUAUCUCCAAAAACUCUUGCAACGAUGACGCCGGAAGAAAUGGCAAGUGAUGAAAUGAAACAAAUUAGAGAGAAUUUCAGAAAGAAGACUCUAAAAUGUGGAAAUGAUUGCAAGUUUUAA